UGCUAUCGCGGGAGGACGUUGUGCUCCCGCGGGAGUACACUUCGCAGAGUCCCCCAACAACUGUGCUGUAGGGAAAGGGUCAUGCGAUUUGGGAUGGUGACCUUCUGUUGAUUUGCCUCUCUCUUUCUCUCUCUCUACAUAUAUCUCUCUUUCUCUCUCUACAAAUGUAUAUAAUUGUUUGAUGAACUGAGUUUCUUCUACCCUUUCUGUGAUCUUCUUUUGAAGGUAAAAUGAGAUGAGAUACAGAGGUAUUAUUUCCUCAUCCCUGUUGAACCACCAUGGCUUGUUAUGCCCAUCCCCCUUACAUUGUAGGCUCUUCUAUCACCACCUACCUUCCUAUUUUCUCUCUCUUCACUCUGCCUUUUGCGCUUCUUUUUCCUCGGUUGUUGAUAGAAGGAGGCGGAGCUCACAUUCUUCUGAACCUAAAUUGCAACAAGGGUUAGAGUUGGAGAGGCGCAUUCGGUCGUGCUGUGGAAAAGGGGAUGUUGGGUUGAGAGAGGCGGUCUCUCUCUUCAAAGGAUUGUGCAAGGAAGGGCGAGUUGCGAGGGCUAUGGAGCUGUUUCGUGAUAUGGAAAACCAGAAACUUUUGCCGACUGUUGUUACAUAUGGUACUCUCAUGGAUGGCUUGUGCAAGGCUAAUGAUCUAGAUGGUGCCUUGGCAUUACUCGAGGAAAUGAAGAAUAGAUGUUGUCAGCCAGAUGUCGUUACGUAUCGCAUGCUCGUAGAUGGUCUUGGCAAGGAAGGGAGAACAGACAAGGCAAUGUCUUUGUUAGAGGACAUGGGCUGCAAUGGCUUGAACCCAGAUAUUGUUAUGUAUAACAAUCUCAUAAACAUGCUUUGCAAAGCCAACAAUGUGGACAAGGCCUUGUAUUUAUGCAAAGAAAUGGGACAGAGAGUAUCUUGCCGCCCCAAAAACGCUACAUAUAACAUACUCGUCCAUGGUCUUAGCAUGGAAGGGAGAACAAAGGAGGCAAUGGCUUUCUUUGAGGAAAUGCAUCUUAAGGGCUUAAAACCAGAUGUUCGAUCAUAUAACAGUCUUAUAAACAUGCUUUGCAAAGCGAAAAAUGUGGACAAAGCCUUGUCUUUAUGUAAAGAAAUGUGGAACAGAGAAUGUCGCCCGAACACUGUCACAUAUACUACCCUUAUAGGUGGUUUUAGCAAGGAAGGGAGAAUUGACGAGGCAAUGUCUUUGUUGGAGGACAGGAACUGUAAUGGCUUAGACCCUAACGUUAUUACAUAUAACACUCUUAUUAACAUGUUUUGCAAAGCAAAUAACGUGGACACAGCUUUGUCUUUAUGCAAAGAAAUGUGAAACAGAGGAUGUUACCCUGACAUUGUCACGUAUACUACGCUCAUAGAUGGGCUUAGCAAAGAAGAGAGAACAGAGGAGGCAUUGACUUUGUUAGAGGACAUGGACCGCAAUGGCGUGAACCCAGAUGUUUUUAUGUAUAGAACUAUUACAAACAUGUUCUGCAAAGCCAAUAAUGUGGACAAAGCCUUGUCUUUAUGCAAAGAAAUGGGGAAGAGAGGAUGUCGCCCCAGCAUUGUCACAUAUAACAUACUCAUAGAUGAUCUUAGCAAGGAUGGGAGAAUAGAGGAGGCAUUGGGCUUAUUAGAGGAAAUGUACCAUAAUGGCCUACACCCAGAUAUUAUUACAUAUAACACUGUUAUAAACAUACUUUGCAAAACUAGCCAUGUUAAAAAAGCCUUGGAUUUACUCAAAGAAAUGGGUAAGAGAGGAUGCCCCCCCCCCGACAUUGUCACGUAUACCACUCUCAUGGAUGGUUGCAAGGAGGAAAGAAUUGAGGAGGCAAUGGCUUUGUUAGAUGAGAUUUCUCUCAAUGACAUGAACUUAGAUGCUGUCAUAUAUGGUAUGCUUAUGGAUGGUCUUUGCAAAAAGGGCUUUCUAGAUGUCGCAAUGGAAUUAUUUCUUCAAGUGCUUGAAAAGAGAAUACCCCUCGAUGUAAUAUGUUACACUUCUAUAAUUGACGGACUUUGCAAGAAUGGAAUGUUACGGGAAGCAACAGAAAUGUUCAGUAUAAUGCUAGAAAUUGGGCUUUGUUCUAAUGUUGUCACCUGUACUGUGUUAAUUGAUGCCUUAUGUAAAGAUGGAAGGUCCAAGCAAGCCAUGGAAUUAGUGGAUACCAUGAUAAAAUAUGGUGAAAAGGCAGAUACUCAAACUUACACUGUUUUAAUUGAUGGAUAUUGUAAAGAAGGCCGACUGAGUGAUGCCAAAGAACUAUUGCACAAAAUGAUAGAGAGAGGGAUCAUGCCUGAUUUGGUGACUUACAAGCAUAGCUUGAUGGGUGUUGCAAGACAGAUAAGUUGAACGUAGCUAUGAUGCUCCAAUAAGAAAUGAUUGACAAAGGAAUCAUACUGGAUUCAUAAACAUAUGCCUGUAACUAUCAAUUUAAAGCGGCAUUUGUAUUUUUUGUCAUGUAUUUAGGGAUGUAAAUGCAUUGGCAGAUGGCCUCACCCAUAAAAAUUUGACUUGCAUGUC